AUGGCAUUUUCCGAAAGGCUCUUUAAUGAGGCUGGGUGCAUUGCAGGUGGCAGCAGUGGAGGUGGCACGGGCUCACAAGUCCAGCAGUUCCGCAUUCCCCCGCCAACGGCGGGUGGCAUCAACGAGCCGCAGGAGUGCCCCUACUGCCGCCGCACCUUUUCCUGCUACUAUUCCCUCAAGCGACACUUCCAGGACAAACACGAACGCUCGGACCAGCUGUACGUGUGCGAAUUCUGCCAGCGCCGCUACCGCACCAAGAACAGCCUGACGACACACAAGAGCCUGCAGCACCGUGGCUCCAGCGGCAUGCUGAAGCGCUUCCUCAAGACCUCCUCAGCCCUCCAUGGCAUUCUGGCUGUCCCGCCACCCCCGCCGCACCUUGCACAGUAGCGGGCUGUGCCCUGAGCUCGUGUAGGCGCCUCGUUAACAUGCUGCUGGUCAAGAAGGGAAAUUUUUUUCUUCAUUUAUUAUUUUCUUUUUUGAGGAACUGGAAGGUGGAAUAUUGUUGUCCCUUGUUACAUUUGUAGCCACCGAGUUAAUACGUGUUCUUCUUUUUUAAA